UCUCGACUGAGCAGUUAAAAACACACGGAGUGACGGAAAGCGUGAUCAAAACCUCUUUUUUUACACUGUUUUGCUGAAGGAUUCAAGUAAAAUGGAAGAAUAUCAGACAGCAGAAGAGACUUCGUUCGUGGUUGAUGAAGUCAGCAACAUCAUCAAAGAAGCUGUUGAAGGGACGAUAGGAGGCAACGCAUACCAACACAACAAAAUCAAUCAGUGGACAUCCAACGUCGUUGAACAAUGCCUCAAUCAGCUGACAAAACUGGGCAAACCCUUCAAAUAUAUUGUCACCUGUGUCAUCAUGCAGAAGAACGGCGCUGGUCUCCACACAGCGAGCUCCUGUUUCUGGGAUAACAUGACCGAUGGAAGCUGCACCGUCAGAUGGGAGAACAAGACAAUGUACUGCAUCGUCAGUGUCUUCGGCCUAAGCAUCUGAGAUCGUUCGCCAAUUUGUAAAUAGUCAUGAUGGGGUCAGAGGUUAAAGUUCAACGGGGAAUGCAUAGCUUGAAUGCAUGUUAAUGGGGUCCCCGUAAGCUGACGGGUUUAAAAUUCAAUUUGCAAAAAUCGCUACAAUCUCAACACAGGGUUGAGGUGUUUUGGCGGCUCAUUUUAAAGAUAAAGUGCAGAUUUAAGAUUCAAGGGUUUGUGGGUUUCAUCAGACUUCAUUUUUCCGCGGGGCAAAAUAUUUGUUUUAUUAUUAUUAUUUUUUCAUUUUGAUAUUUUAUAUCUGUCUUUCUGGGUUUAUGAACACAUUUUGCGCCUCUCCGUCCGCUUGCAGAUUUUAAGUUGACAUUUAAAAAACGUUUUUCCUUACUUUUGUUUUUCCCAUUAACCAUUGUUAACUUUAAAAGCAAAGACUUGUACAGCAAGUGCACUCAGUCAUUGUACACAUUUUUGUGUUCAUUGUGUUUGUGACAUUCCAUACAAGUUUUCAUGUCCCAUAUCAAACACCUAUUCCUACUCGACGUAUUGCACUGUUGAACGUCAAGUUUGCUGGAAGAUUUUCAGUCACCAGGCCCCAUGGGGGCAUGGAGAUAUUUUGCCUUCGCUUCCUAACCCAUAGAGUUUUAGGUCUGGACUUGGGUUUAUUUUAAAUGUGUGUAUAAAGCAUGAUCGUAACUUGGAAUGAAUUGAAAUGUGUACAUGUUUGUAAAAACAGUGAUAGUAGUGGACAGCUUGUAAUAACACGAACACUGGGCUAGCCAAAAUGCCUACUCAACGUAUUGCACUGUUGAACGUCAAGUUUGCUGGAAGAUUUUCAGUCACCAGGCCCCAGGGGCAUGGAGAUAUUUUGCCUUCGCUUCCUAACCCAUAGAGUUUUAGGUCUGGACUUGGGUUUAUUUGAAAUGUGUGUAUAAAGCAUGAUCGUAAUUUGGAAUGAAUUGAAAUGUGUACAUGUUUGUAAAAACAGUGAUAGUAGUGGACAGCUUUUAAUAACACGAACACUGGGCUAGCCAAAAUACCUCUUUAUAACAUUGUUACACUGUACUUGUAUUAGAGGACAGCAAAAAAACACACAAGUAGAAAAGAGAUUUGGGACUUUAGAAAGUACUCUUUAUAAGCAGACCCUCUUUACAACGAGUGUUGACUGUAAAUGUGUAGAUCUUUAUUUGUGGUUGCCUUGUAGUGGGUAUAUUUAUAUGUCAGGUACCCAGUCUUAGCAAUGUAAAUAUACGCACCGACUCUCACAGAAAAAGGGGCCAAUCUGUUUUUGCUUCCAGCCACAUUUCGAGCAUUUUAGUUAUGUAUAUUCCAUGUUGAUUUAAGUGUUAAUCGAUGGUUUGAAAUAUAUUUCCUUUUUGAAAAAAAAAAAA